AUGACCCCGCGGCGAUGCUCCUGGAUGAGGGCUGUCCUCCACUACCGGGUUCUCCACAAGGACGUGCUGGUGCUGUCGACGAGGGUGCUCCUGAUCUCCACGUCCGCCGAUAGCGCCGUGUGGGGGCACCAUCUGACCGACGCCUGGCGGAACGACCCGACGCUCGCUGGCGAGCCCAUCCCACACCGACAGUCACAGGACAGACCGGAGACCUACGCGCAGAUUGCGGCGACUGCUUCGCAACUCAGGGCAACCAGAGCCCGCCGCGGCCAUGCAGCCGUCGCAGGGGACCCAGCGAACUUCUGA